AGCGCUUUUUGUCAGUAUAAAGUGCACUUGCGGUGAUUUGGAACACAGCCUCGGCGUCAGGUGCGGUCUCUCUGUGUGUGUUCUUCACUUCAAUUCACUUCGGCACUGCAGGAGCGUCUCUGAGCUCAGGGGGAAGCAUGGACUUCGAUUUGACUGCAGCUGUGGAUAAGGACGAAGUAAAGAAGAGUGAGGCGAAAGAGGUCGAGGGAAUUUUUGGAUUUGGGAAGAAGGAUAAAGACAAGGACGCGGACAAAUGUAAAGACAAGGAGAAAAGCAAAGAGCACAAGAAGCCGAAAGAGCACAAGAAGCCGAAAGAGCACAAGAAGCCGAAAGAGCACAAGAAGCCCAAAGAGCACAAGAAGCCGAAAGAGCACAAGGGGCAUGGAGGACACGGUUCCUCAUCCUCCUCCAGUGAUGAUGAUUAGGAACACAACUGGACUGAAGAAGGAAUUUCUUUCUUUCUUUCUUUUCUCCCAAUAUAAUAAUUCCUGUUGUGAAGCUGUUUCUAAUCGUAAUGUUGUAAUUAAAAACAAUAAAUACAUCUAAAAUAA